AUAAGUUAUUUGAAGUGCUUUCUGGUUAGCCGAGUUCGAUAGUUCAACGAGUAGUAAUCAUAGUGAAAAUGAAAGCAGAAACAGGAUUAUAAGAAAUAUUAGCAACAAUAAAUUGUAAAUAUAUCUGGUGUGUAGAGCGAAGAAAGUGCGAAAGUUUAUUUAUAAUGCCAGCCGGUCUGAAAGUUGUGUGAAAAAAUUUCUUCCAUUUUCGCUAUCCGUGUAUUCGCGCAUUCAUGUACCAGUCCGCGCGGACUUUUUAACCGUUUUUUCCCAUCACUUUGCUGUUGCUCCUCUGUACUUAUUUCCAACAGCGAAGGUAGUGGCAGUACGACAAAAACAAAGUCAGCAAACGCGCUGCUUCCAGUGUCAAAGCAAACCGAACCGAGUGCCGUCGAUGUUGUUGCUGCUGCUUGCGUCGAGUGAAUGUGAAAGAAGAAUGGAAAAGUGCACACUCAAAUAUUGAAUUGAGGCGAAUGAAUAAGUGCAGAAGUGAAAGAAUUGCUAGCUGUGCAAAAAAGUUAUUAGAAUAUUUAGUGUUAUGCUGAAUUUAUGUUGAUUUCUGAUUGCGUUGCAAUAAUUACAUUAAAUGAAAAGUUUAAAUUAAUAAAAUACGAAAAAAAUUUGUGCGUGUGUAGAAACUAAAAGAAGAAAAAAAAAUAUUAAACGUGCAUUGACGUUGAUACAAGAAAUCGACCAAAGAAGAAAAGUGUAAAGGAAGAAGGAACCAGCAAGAAAAGGGCAAAUGUGAAUGUGCGCCGCAAGUAAGGCGAAAAAAAAGUGUCCAAACGUCCCCCAAUUAUUGGUGGCUAGGUCAUCGUCGUUGGCCAUUUCGUCAUCAACAUCAACAUCAUUAUCAACAUUAUGUCAACAUCUUCCCAUCUAUAAACAAUGAAUGCAUACCUGCAUUAAUUAUGAAAUUUUGAUUUUGCCAUUGGCGCCUUGUUGCUAUAAAAACUAAAUUUGUUUCCAAAAGCAGGCGAAACCUUCACUGUGCUGCUGCAAUUCACAUACUUUUAGUUCGUCAGCGCCUUACCGAAACUUUGUUCGUGUUUUUCUGUUAGUUUUUGCCACCCUGGAAAUUUUGCAAGCAACAACACAGCAGAGUAUAUUUACAAUAGGAAUUUAUUUUUUAUGAGGAAAAGGAAUAUUUUAACGGAUUGAACGCAUUGAACUACAGAAUAUAUCUUCAUAACUUCUGUAAUAGAGGAGCAGUGGUGUAGAGUUGAUGUAGAUACCACACGUAAAUGCAUCAUAACCUACGCUUUGGUUGACUGAAAGCAAAAACAACAACAACAACAAGAAAAAAAGCAAAGCGGAACAGGAACAAUGUAAUACCUUCAGCAUGACUUAACGAAAGUCGAAACUAAAAGUGGAAGUGCGAAGGCCGGCUGAGCGGAUGAAAGGAGCCAUCAAUCGUACACAGGCGAGGCAGAAGCCCUAUAUAUGUGGUAAAAAUAUUGUAAGCAAACCAACGUCAAACGAAAUGAUAUACCACACAGAGCAGGACUAAAGCGCAGGACUUAGAUGGAAUCCCAAUGAAGGUUGUAAAUGUGAUUGCUUGACUGACGCACAAAAAAACCCGGAUCAGACCGCAUAAUCCGCUACGAAAAGCAAGUAAACAAAAAGCUGAAAAAGAAAAGGGAGAAAAAAACGAACUUAUAGUAACUCUGAGUAUGAAAAAUAAAAAAUAUUUUAGCAAAAGAAAAAUCGUCAACCAACAACCCCAAAGACGAAAAACUUUAAAUUACCAUUUUUAAGCGCAAAUGCAAGCACAAAGGGGGACAUUUUGAGAACGAGCGCAUCAACCGCAUGUUGUCAACUGUCCAAAAUCAGCAACAAGAAGGAAACAAAAAACAAAAAAAAAAAAGAAACGGCAAACAACACAAACAUUGCCAUUCCCACCAUUACUAAAUACUAUAAUCAACCUAAUUUUGUUGCUGCUGCGUCGUCGUAUCUUCGUCGUCGCCGAGGUCGCAGUUGCAAUCGCCAACCACCUCAUCCAUCGUCCAACGUACAACAACGUCGUAAUAAUACCAUAGUAGUGACAUUAAGACAGUGACCACCAGAGUUACGCUCGCAACGAAAAAGUAGAGAGUACAACAAUACAACAACAAUAUAAAUAAAAUAUAUAGAAAAACAAAAACAAGAAAUUUAAGAAAAUUGUAUAGCCGCAUUUGCCGAAAAAAUGUUGCAAGACACCAAUAGUACCGCCAUACAGCCAAAAGUCGUUGUAAUUCGACGACGUCCGAAUCAAGGUUUCGGUUUUACGCUGCGUCAUUUCAUUGCCUACCCACCGGAAGAUGAUCCCUCUUGGCCACAGGAAGCAUCUGAUCCGUACCACCACCAAGUGAAAGCUAUGGAAACCAUUUUCAUAAAAGAAGUUCAAACGAACGGACCUGCUCACUACGCCAACCUGCAGACGGGCGAUCGCGUUCUAAUGGUGAACAACACACCCAUCGCCGGACUUGCAUACAGUACAAUCGUGUCGAUGAUCAAGCAAACGCCUUCAGUGUUGACGUUGCAUGUAGUGCCCAAGGAAUGCGAUGUACUACAGAUGCAUUACACCAGCAUUGCGCAUACACCAGAAACUAAUCGUCUUGCCACAGCGCCUCGACCCAUAUCAUCGCCUGUAACUGUGGGCAAUGGUAAUGCAGCUGGCGCAUUAAUACCAAUCACAUCAGCUGCGGCUGCAACUACAACAAAAUCAUUUUCACACCAACAUCAAUUGAUCUCAUAUCCACCGUUGAGCGGUGGUGGUGGUGGUGGUACUGGUGGUAGUGGGGUUGGCACCGGAGGAAAGGCUAGUCGUUCGGGCAGUAUUACAAGCUCUGGUAGCAGUAGCUUCCGUCCCACAGUAGUGGGGAGUGGUGAAUUUAUCGAUAUGCCAUCGCAGGCACUGCACCAGCACAGCGGACGGUUGCUGUUACGGGACGAUGGCGGCGGAGGAUUUGUGGCGCGUUCCCAGCCGCCGCCAAAUUUGACAGUAUUAUCCCGACAACAACAACAACAACAACAUCAGCACCAGCAACAUCAACUCUACCACUCACAUUCGGCUGCAGCUGCUGCGGCCGCAGCCAAUUCUGCCUUUUAUGCCCCAGCCUCGGGUGUUGGCGCCGUUGACACCAGCGAAUUGAUGAUACGCCUACGUGAGUCGAUCAAACAGAAAGAGGAAUUCCUUAAAUCACCGCUGCCACACACGCACGCCACACUGCACAGCAUUCCCGCUGUGGGCCAUACAGCCCAACAACAUUUCUUCCCGCCACACACACCGCCGUCGGGCAGCCCGCAAUUGUCUAUGGUGUCGACGACAUCAACAUCGGCCGGUUCAUCAGGGCUGAGCAGCAUAGGCGCCGGCGGGCCGACGACGGCGACUGCGCGUGGUCAGGUGCGUACACUCGUCAAGCAACCACUAUCGGCGACGUCCUCAUCGGCGUCUAGUACGCGUGAGUUGUUGCCCGCCAACGUCAGUGCAGUGGAAAUGCAUCAAUACUAUGGUAGUGUGAGCAACACUGGCAGUAGCAAAAACCACGUCACGAAUAUCGGUGGCGGUAGUGGCGGUGGCGGCAAUUAUAUUAGCAUGGAGAGUGCGAUGAGCCGUGGCAGUGCAGUUAAUGCGGCAAUGAGCGUGAGUGGUGGUGUUAGAGCUGGUGGUGGCGUUGAUGCGGCCAUGUCGCGACGUGCAGCUGGAAAUGGUAGUGCAGGUACUAGCGCGAACAACAACAAUGUCAUGGGUGACAAAUACGUGAAGGAUUUGGAUUAUUUGGAAACGCUACAGGAGACUGGAGUCACCAACAAAGUUUUCGAGCGAAAACUAGUCUCACACCUCGCCAAGGGAUUCGAUCCCUUCCAACCGCUCUCCAUCAAUACAAACGCCUGCGUGGAUCCCAACGCUACAGCUGGCAAUGUGGGGCUGAUAAAGAAACCCACAGUGCUCUACGAAUCACUGCAACAUCAUCCGUUGCAUCAGCUACAGGUACAACAACUGCAACAAACGCAACAAGCACAAACGUCACAAACGCCAUUGCAAUUGGCGAAGAUGCACGCCGCCAGCAGUUCGAUGGGGCAACACCAUCAGCUGCAGCUGCAACAGCAACAGCAACAGCUACAGCAACAGCAUCAUGUGACCGGCAGCGUUGUGGAUGGCGCACAAUUCAGUCGUAUGGAGAUACACAAGGCCAGUUUGGCCACGACGACCAUCGAUCAUGCUCCGUCAAGUAAAUACAGCAGUAAAUUACCGGAAGCUCUUGGAUCGGCAACAACAGCGGCGACUGCGGUGGCUGAACCAAAACCGGCACUCACUGAUAUCGCUGAAAGCAAUGAGGUGCCAGCGAACAUCCAAGUGGCAGCAGCUGUUAGCGCUUCCGAUGGCAGUAGUGCUGCUGUUGUGGAGCGUCGCUACAAACCGAUGUCCUCCUUUGAUGAUAGCAAACCAAUGCGUCGCAUCUCAUAUUUACGCGCCACUAACAAUGAGGCCGACUAUUCAACAUCGGACACAUCCACCACAUCGCUGACGGGGUUAAAUAGUAGUGGAGUUGGUAUUGGUGCACCGCCACUCAUUGAGGUGACGUCUAAACAAUCGUCAUUCGACGAUGCUGAUGAUGUGGUCGACGAUGAUGAGGAUCCUACGUAUGACGUGGUAGCUGGUGAUGAACGCGAAACUAUACAAACGGCUGCCGAGUUGAUGGCUGCUACGGCACAGGAGCAGUUGGAGCAGCAGCAACAGCAUUUGAAAGAUAGAGCGAGUGUCACUGCAGAGGCGGCCAUUGUGGCGGCGGUGACGGCUGCAGGUGUUGGUGGCGGUGCUGCGGCGGCUAUAAGUGAAAGUAGACGCGAAUCGGUUAAUAGUGAAAUACGAAAUAGCGUUCACAUUGACGAUGUAAUCGCAGACAUAAAUGGCAAAUUGGAAACAAAGGAUGUGGCUACCGAAAUGGAAGUGUUCGAAACUGAAAUGGAGAUUAAGUCGUCGUGUAUCAAUGGCAAGCGCCUUUCGGAUUAUCGUUCUUGGCGGCAAGUGAAAAUCGAAAUCAAAGGCGAUCUUCUACGUAUCUAUCCAGGCCGAAGUUGUAAGGAGAGCAAUAUGAUAGAACUCGAUAUUAGAAACUUUAAAAUCUUCGACGAGUCGGUCGACAAAAAGAAAUCCUAUAUGUUUCGCAUGCAAUCGAAACCAACACAAAUCGCCACUUUGGGCAAUGAUCUGAAUCUGGACGAUGUACCCGAUAAGCUGACUUCAUCGGGCAGCAGUGCGUCGACAUCAGCGUCGCACGUGGAGCCGCAACAUCACCAACCACACCAACAACCUACGGAAAUAUUAUUUAAAACGAAAAGCAUGACGGAAAUGAAACGCAUUUUCGGUUUAUUGCAAUGGAAAAAUAGUUUAAUUUACGACGAUAGUGAUCUUCAAGGCAGGCAAUUGGCUGAGCCGCAGAAAACCGCGGCUAUCUCAAGCAUGCCAACAGCAACAUACUGUGAUGAUAACGUACAACAACAGCAACACCAACACCAACAAUUACAACCAGAAUAUUCACCAUUAAGCACAACCUCACGUGGCGAUUCCGAGAUCGUAUCGGACUCCAUUUCGCCGGUGAUGAAAACGCGCAAAUCAUCUUCACACAAAAAUAUACCUGACAAAGAUUUGGGUUCACCAAAAGCCAAAAAUUGGAAAGAUUUACUCUUUAGACGCGGUGGCGGUAGUAGUAGUAGCCACAAUGCGGAUAUUUCGCCAUCCAGCUUAGCUUCUGGCGGCAAAACGACCGGUUCAAUUGGCGUGCCAUUGAAAGCGUGUCCGAUGUCUAAAAACAACGAAUACGUGCCGCUCUUGGUGGACGUCUGCACAAAUAUCGUUGAAACGAAAGGGCUGGGCAUUGUGGGCAUUUACCGCAUACCUGGCAAUAAGGCUGCCAUUUCGGAGCUGUCGGAGCAGGUGAAUAAAUCGGACUUUUCGUGGGAUCGCUGCAGCACCGACGUUAGGUGGGAAGACGUGAACGUCGUGUCGAGUUUGCUAAAGCAAUUCAUACGCAAUCUGCCCGAUGCGCUGCUGCCCUGUUCGUUCUACAUAAAUUUCAUUGAAGCUGAUAAGAAGACGGGCCUGGAACGCUUAAAAGAGCUCAGGGAGUUGCUGAACUCGCUGCCGCGUUACUCAUAUGAGACAUUGAAGCAUCUGAUACGUCAUCUGAGUCGUGUGAGCAAAAAUUGUGAUGUGAAUUUGAUGGAGCCAAAAAAUUUGGCAAUCAUAUUCGGUCCGUCGAUUAUACGCACGCCCAACGAUACGCUUGAGAUGGCGGUGAAGGACAUGAAGCAUCAGUGUCGCAUUGUAGAGUUGCUCGUGACGCAGUAUGAUUACUUCUUUGAGAACGGCCCCUUGCCCGAUCUGGCGGACGUCACUGGUAACACUCCCAUUGCGUCCACUUCCAGCUCGGCUUCAGGCGUACUCCACACCCAGGAGGACCAGACGAAUAUGUUGCUGCACAAUGUGUCGAAGAUCGAGCGCCUAACCGAGCGCGAGACGUCAUCCACAACGCGCACCUCGCGUUUCAUUCCGCAGCUGCGACGGCGCACGCACAGCAAGCGGGGUGCUGCCAGCUCGGACACCUACUCGGGCGAAAGUGUGUUGGUAAGCAAAAGUCAAGGCUUGAUCCAAAAUCAUAAUGCAAAUCUGAGCUCACAUAACACAAACAAACACAAACGCAAAUCAUUGCAAUCAUCCAUCAACCUCAACCAAACCAUUACCAAACUCAUUUCCGCACCACACAACAUGCACAACGCACUACUCAAGUACAAUAUGACUAGUACGAAUUCCAACAACAACACCACCACACAAUCCACACCCAAUAUAUGCGUGGCCGCAGCCACUCCAUCCCCAAAGCCUCUCAAGCAAUGUGCAACGGCGAGCCGCCAGCAGCCGCAGCAGCAGCAAGCGCAGCAAAUGCAAAAGCAGCAGCUGCAGCAGCGGCGUCGCAAAGCCGUGCCCACUAUUUAUGAUUUUGGGUUAACAUUGCGUGUACAAUUUCAGUCAUUGGAUUCCACCAAAUCUGCUACGACAGCGAUGACCACCAGUAGCAGCUCCACCAAUGCUACCACGGCCUCGUCGAGCAGUGGCAGUGGCGGCAGCAGCAGCGUCACAUCCUCCACGCAAAAGACGAAAAAGGAGCGUAGCUUCCUGAUUAAUCACAGCGGCGGCGGUUUUGUGCGUCUGCACCAUCGAAAAGCCAGCCUGGACGAGAAGGACUCGGGCAGUUGUAGCGGCUCGGGUAGUGGCAGCGGUGGCAGCAUGAGCAAGGAACAGCAACGCAGCAGUGUCGAUAUAUCGGUGCUGCUCACUGAUGACGAGUCGAGCAACAGUCGAAGCGACACGGGUUCCAUGUCGCUUACGACAAUCACGGACACGCUGGACUCGAAAUUGCGCAAUUUGCGCAGCGGCUCCGAAUCGAAUGAUGAAAACGGUUCGCCAGAGUUCCGCAAAAAUCGGCGACACACACUUGGCCAGCCGCUGCAUCUGCAUUCAGAAAACAUUCCCUAUGCCGACGAAUCACCUGAGCGUCACUUUCAUUCCUGCCCUUUGGAUGCGCCCAAUGUGCUGAUGCUCAGUCGUUCCUGCACCGCCACCAACACACUGACCUUGGCGAAAGCGAAUGAGAGCAAAGAGCAGCGCGUCGCGGCGGUAUUGUCUGCAUUCAAAAGCAACAAACUGCAACACUCUGCCACCGUCCCCAUCAAUCCCGGCUCAACAACAACAAUUGUGAACACGGGCAGCACACCAUCGACUGCGGCAUCCACGCCCACCGCUAUUUUGACGGUAAAAACGACCAACACACAAGGUGGCGUUGGCGUUAGCGGUGGUGCCGCUGUAGGCACCGGCAGUGGCAGUAAUUUAGCACGUAAUUCCUAUUUAGGGCGUGGCACACGCUUCUCCAAGCAAGUGUACGAGCAACAGUGUUGCUCAGAUGAUGACUCAGAGGGCUCGACAACGAGUGAUCCCAAGGAUUCGCUCAUCAUUGCCUCGCCGCCGUUUUUUCUAGAUCGCUACAAUAAGAAACGACGCGAUCAUCGACUCUUCCGCUCCGCUUCUUUCAAUUGCCGCAACUAUUCAUCGUCGUCGGGCAGGCAUAGCAGCAGCGGUGGACCGCACAACACUGGCGGUUCUGCAUCAGCGUUAACAAAAGAUGAAAAGACUGAUAUGAAUUUAACGAAGAAGCGACAGAUACAAAACAAACAGAAUCGUUCAAUAAAACGGAGGCACACGGUAGGCGGACCGCAUGACUAUGUUGGACCCAAUGGCUGUCCGGCAGCGAAUAGCAACAAUUGCAAUCAUUAUCACACCUGCAAGGUGACUGCUGGUGCGGGUGGUACUACAACAACCACCACAACCGUACUAAGACGCAUUCCUAUACCAAGCGCUAAUGGCAACAUAAGCAACAACAACAAUAAUAUCAAUACAAAUCUAACGCAAGACGGCAACAAUGGCAAUGGCGGCGGCAGCGGCGGCGGUGGAAGUGGUAAUGGCGGUGUUGGCAAUGUAGUGGUUGGCGGCGGUGCCGGCGGAGCUGCGGUGACUAUGGCGAGCGGCACGGGCGGCGAGCAUGUGCUGGAGGUGGGCAUACGCAUAAAGAAUAUCAACAGAAGUCGAUAUUAGGAGUGCAACAGCAUAAACGACGAGAGCAGGCAAGCGGAUGACAGACAGAGCGCAGCAUUGUAAUAAAGUGGAGGCGAAAUCGGCGAAAUGUUGCGGCGAACGCAGUAAAAAGUAAAAACUGCAAAGGAAUAUACAAACAAAACAGAGUUAUAAGGAAAACACCAAUUAGUUGUUAAGUUGAAAAUAUAAAAAGUCAGCAGCGUUCAGUUAAAUGUGUGUGUAAAAACAAAUUUAAAAAUCUAAUAUUAGCGAAAAUUUAAAAUUAGAAAACAAAAAGCGCAAAACAACAAUGAAGCAAGAGCAGAGGAUAUUCAUGCUGUGGCCUGAUGAAUGUUGUAAAACAGAAUAGCGCAAAAAGUGCUGCAUGCAAGCCGAAUACAUUAGGAUUUUAAAAUUGGCAAGUCGGGCACGUCAAUAAUCGUAUGAGUUUUCAAGGUAAACAUCGUAAAAGUGGAAGGUUCUAUGCUCCAUUCGGAACAAAAGGAGCUGGUGACGAUAAGAGUAAAGCUGGUUUAUUAUAUAUUUUGGAAAAAAAUUUGAAGCUUACAAAAAAACAGAAAAGGAAAAUUAAUGAUUGCAAUCAUAAAAAUGAUUUCAUGAGACAGAGCGCAAAAAGUUUUUUGAAAUAUUUUUUAUCGAAAAAAGGAAAAUGUAAUGAUUGGUUGGUUGGCUGGUUUAAGGGUGACCCCGCAUCGGAGUGCCACAUAGACCACAAGUUGGGUCCGUUGUUUUGCCCUAGAGCUCAUUAUAUUAUAUGAUUUCCCCACCUAACUGAGAUUUUUAUUGUAGAUUUUGAUCAAAGAUAUUAAUUCGUUUCGAGAAUUUAAUGAGAGAUUCGAUUUUCAGGUCCGAGAGUACUGAAAGAUUGUCAAUUGUUGGAGAGCCUAAAAGAGCGAGUCGACUUCUGGCUAGGCCGGGACAACUGCACAGCAAAUGCCUGCUCGAUACUUCCUCAUCUUCGUCCUCGCAGUAUCUGCACAGGUCGUUUUGAGGAACCCCGAGCCGACGUGCGUGAGUGCCCAAAAGGCAGUGGCCGGUGAUAAGAGAUAUUAUAUGCCUUAGUUCGUGUUUCGAUAGACUUAUAAGGGUUUUUGUCUGUUUAAGAUUGUAGGAUGGCCAGAUUUGUCUGGUCAUAACGCAAGUAGUUUCCACUCGCCAUGUAAUGAUUACUUUUAAUUUUUUUUGCGUAAGGUGAAUUAGAGGUAUCCAUUCGGGCAAAAUGAAAAGCUUUUCUAACAGCAUAAAUUUUCCUGAACUAAAAUAAACGACUGGCGCCAUAGUCGAACGGGUUGGUGCGUAACGGUAGUCACGGAAUUCAGAGAGAACGUAGGUUUGAAUCUCGGUGAAAGACCAAAAUGAAGAGAAAGUUUUUUUCUGCCUCAGUAGGCAAUGGCAAAUAUCUGAGCGUAUUUUUGUCAUGCAAAAGCUCCUAAAAAACCACAAAAAAAAAAAAAUUGUCAUUCGGAGUCGGCUUAAAACUGUAUGUCCUUUCAUUUGUAAAAUAACAUCAAGACGCAUCCAAAAAUAGGAAGAGGAGCUCGGUCAAACACCUAACAGAAGCUUACACCCCAAUUAUUUACUUAUUUUAUUAUUUAUCGGUUUCCCUCGAGAUACGUGGGGUUUGAGUUACACGGUUUUUUUUUACGAACUUUUCAUAAAAAACUAAAUAAAUAACAAAAUAAUAACUAAUGGGAGUUUUUUAGUCUCCGGUCAUACCAUUGCUACGACGGCAGUUUUGAUGAUGCAUUAGGCAUUUAAUUUUCUUUAAAUCUACCUGACCUCCGAAGACAUCUGAGUAGAUCUUGUGGUGCCAAGGAGUCAAGGUGGUCCUCAAGCCUGAUUCGAGCGACAACCCGAGCCUGACAGUUGCACAGAAAGUCGUCCGCAGUCUCAUCCUUCUCUCCACAUGCUGGGCCGAGUGCACUGUCUGAGAUGCCUACCUUUUCCUUGUGCUUCGCCCGUAGAAAGUGCCCCUCCAACAGUCUAACCAGCUGACUACAGUCUCGUCUGCUUAAUGAGAGGAGGAUCUGCGACAGUCGGUCGGACAUGACAGGUAACAUCGGUUUUGCCUAUUUGCAGCCACUCUCAGCUUGCUUGUGGGUUGAAGUAAUUCGUUUGCUAACCGUGGCUUUCAUGGCUGCAGAAGGGAGUGGCAGAACGAGAUUCGGGCCAAAGAAGUUGGUCUCAGAGCCCAUCCUUGUUGCCCGCGAUACCCAUGUGUCCCGUGACCAAUGUUAGCAUCAGGCUAAGGCCUUGAGCGCAGCUUUGCUUGUCACUGCAGACACAUACAGAUCUGAGUGAGAAAAUAAAAUAAAAAUGAAAAACAAAAAUUAAAAAAAGAAUUAAAAAGAGAUUAAAAACUUCAAAAAAAAAAAAAAAAUUCUUUAUAUUAAAAAAACAAUUUCUUAUUAGUUAAAAAAGUUUUGUUUUUAAAUAUAAAAUAAAAUAAAAACGCGUAAUAAAAAAAGUAAAAAAAUUAAAAGAAAUUAAAAAAGUUAAAAAAAAACUAAAAAAAAAAUAAUAAUAAAAAAAAAUUAAAAACAAAAAAGUUAAAUAAAUAAUGAAAAAAAUUAAUAUAAAAUUAUAAAAAAAAUAAUAAUAAAAUAAAUUAAUUAAGAAAAAUUAAAAAAAAAAGAAUAGUAUUACCAAGUUAAUCGGGUUUACAAUAUCGCUUCAGCAGAAUUUCUCGAAAAUUUAGACCCUAAAACUGAUUUCAAAUAUAAGGUGUACCUCGAAUUACACUAAUCAUGAUUAUUGAUUCCGUGUAACUCGAGAGACUUAUUAUAUUUAUAUAUGACUUCAGCUGUAGUGUCUAAAUUUUCGAGGAAUUCUGCUGGAGCCCGACUAACAUGGCAAUACAAUUUUUUUUUUUAAUUUUUCUUUAUUUUUUUAUAUUUAUUAUUAUAAUUUUUUCUAAAUUUAUUUUAAUUUUUUUAUUAUUUAUUUUAUUUUAUUGUGUUUUUUUUAUUUUAUUUUUAAUUUUUAAUUUUUUUUUUGUUUUUUAUUUAUUUUUUUUUGUUUUUUAUUUAUUUAUUUUUUGUUUUUGCUUUUUAAUUUUUUUUUAUUUUUUUAUUUUUUUUCCUUUUUUUUAAUUCAAAAAGACCAUUAUUUUUUAAAUAAAUUUUUUUUUUUUAAUAUUGUAUUUAAUUUUUUUUUUAAAUAUAAAAAUUUUGUUAUUUCCUUUUUAUUUUUUUAAAUUGUUUUUUAAUUGCUUUUUUUUAAUUUUUUAAUCUCUUUUCAAUUCUUUUUUUUUAUUUUAAUUUUUCACUCAAGAGUAAUGAUUACCUCUUGCAACUUGUAAGCUUCUCAUUAAGAACGCACUAAUCAGUUCUACAAAUCAAAGAUGGAUUAGCGUUAACACCUGUGAAAUUGCUAGGCAAACAUGGCCAAGGCCAAAUUUACGUCUGUCCAAGAGUAUUAUAAAACUGAGUAGACUUCAAAGCAGGACCUUAGUAGGGGCUCUCACAGAACAUUGUUUCAUAGGAAAUCAUGCAAGGAGAUUAGGCGUUUACAUGCAUGAUUUCUGUCGUAGCUGCAGGAAUGGGGAGGAGUUGGAAUCAAUUCAACACCUUUUUUGCACAUGCCCGGCUCUAGCCAGAAGCAGUAACCGAUAUUUCCAUAACAUCCUACUUUUUAAUGAAUCUGGAUAAUCUAUACACUUUAGGUAUCAACAACCUUUAACGCUUUGUCAAAAGCUCAGGAUGGUUCAAUAUGGAGAGAGAAAUGUAGCCCAGUCCCCGCGGCUCACAACGGACCCAUUUCGUGGUCUAAGUGGCAUCGUUGUCUCUAUAUGCGAUGCGACUGCCAAAGCUAACCUAAAAGCCUAAUGAUUACCUACAUACAAUUUUUAUUAAUUUCUCUAUUGAAUGCCUGUGUUUCUAAAUUUUUAGUUUCGAAAUUAUAAUUAUGUUUGGAAUCAAUCAGUAGAGCAAUAAUUUUUCCAAAUACAUAUCUCAAAUUUCUUGAGUUCUAUUCAAUAUCGAUUUGAGAGCUCAAAAAAUUAUUUGAUUACAUGUAAAGUACAAACCCUGCCUGAGUCGAUUUAAUCUUUUAGUCGUCGUUGUCAAACAAACGAACUGCUCCGACUCACUCCGAGAUGACCUGAGUAUUUUCAUUCCCACGGCAGUUGGUUCUACGUUACCGGAACGACCCAAAUUUAUAUCCGGCCAAGGACUGUCACUCCAGCAGCAUAACUUGAGUAGUUUAUUUACGCAAAAAAAAGGUUUUAGUGGGAAAAAGUUCACAGAAAUAACCUCAUCCGUAUGCGCAUUACAAUUGUGAAUAAUCAUUAUGACCUUAAUUUUUUGUUCCGCUAAAAUUGAGCAAGUAAAAAUCGUCGUUAAUUUUUAUUGACUUAUGCCCGGUUUCAUGAAUAAAUUUUAAAAUUUAUCAAUUUAAUAAAACACGGUCGUACUAUUUUGUAGCUUGAAAGGAGCAACAGGACAUCUUUAAAUGCCGCAUCAUUUUGUUGCGCACCAUUUUUUUCUCAAUCGUAAUACAGUUUUAUUUGAACUAUUAAAUAGACUACCAUAGAACAAGUGGAGCACUUUGAAAUGUGAAAUAAAAAAAAACAAAAAAAAAAUUAAAAUAAAAUUAUUUUCAAAAUUGCGACCCAACU